AAUAUAGAAUAUGCAUAUAAAAUUAAAUGAAUGAAAUUGCAAAGUGCAUCAGUCGUCUAAUUCAGGGAGUUUCCUUUUAAUGACAUAGUGGGUAGUAGGGCUACUGUAAAUUGUGCUAUUACUUCGUUGAAUUUCACUUAUAGUAAGCCCUGGCUAAUAUCAGCCCUGUUCGCUUGGACAGUGCAAUUUCUGUCGCGCCCGAAUUCAAUUUCAAUAAGAAUUAAAAAUGUUUGAAACCGAAGAUAUGUUACCGCGCGCGGCUCCCAGGCCAAGUGCACCCAUACCAUUGGGUCAUGCUGACGAGAUAGUUAAGCCGACUGUGCCUGAAGUUUCAAUAUUGUUUGGGCAACCGCCUCAGCAACAAGCUCAACUUCAACAACAACAGCAGCAAGCUCAGUUACAACAACGUCCUGCAAGUACUUUCGCUUCAUGGAAGAAGCAAGUAUUGCCUCGUGUCAAUUUUUCCCCAGUGCUGACAACAGAAUUAGGCCCAGCCACUCCCCCUGCCGCUUCUGCAGUAGCAAUCAGUGGAGUUGUUGGAGGAAAUGAAUAUAAUUUUCUACCGCGCAGUCGCGCCUUCGAUGCGGAGCCUGUAGUUGGCAAUCUGAAUCGAGGAUAUGUUGCGUCUGUUCCCUCACAUUAUCCACGCGAAACAUAUGCCACAGAUGAGGUGGUGCCCUCCCCUCGCUUGUCUAAUUCCAAUGCAACUGCUACGGAUGUGCUCACAAUUUGUGCCAGCACCCAAACAGAAACAGACACUAUAUCAGCUGUCAAUGAGUAUAGACCGGAGCCUAGCAAUUUAUUAGAGAAGAAAGACAUUAGAGAAGUGCUCACACUAUUGGAAACUAUGCGCCAGGAACAACAGCAAUUAAGACGCCUCUGUGAAUCCCUCGCUCAGCAGCAACAGCAACAGCUGCAACAGAAACUGCCGAGCGAGAAGACUUUCAAAGAAACUGCGUCGCAGUGUGCGCUCCUUGGUUCAGCUAAAAGUAAUGUUGGUAUGGUUAAACGCACUACGCCAAUUGUUCACGAUUAUAUUGUUGAAGAGGAGGAGCUGCCAGCUAGAGCAUUGCCGCAAUUUCAAUCGCCACGAGGUCCACCUCCAAUAGCUCAAUCCACGGGAUAUCGUAGCAAUACGCCACAGGGUAAACAAUCGCCAGCGUUGCCCGUCAAAUCGAAUACGGACAAAACUUUGGUCAUGAACGAGUUGGCUCUGAAGUAUUUGCCGCAACGUCAAAUCAAUGAAUUGAUGGAAGAUUUGCAUGUGUCACCAAAGACAGGCAACGAUGUCGUGUCAACUGGAACCCCAUUACGUCCCAUUGACAAUUUCACCCAGAGUCCGAGUAAUAUGUCAAAUGCUUCCUAUAAAUAUCUCAAGAAAUAUCGGCUGCUGCCCGAAGAACAAAUGGGCUACGAUCAUCAUCAACGUUUAUCAUCGCCGCAGGCAAGGAGCCAGGAGCCCAUGCUGGACUUGGACAACAUACGCAACCAGCCAAAGCUAUUGUAAAACAUCGAGUUUUUCUUUAUUAUAAUAUAUAUAUUGUAU